AUGGACAAGGAAACAGAAGAAACCCUAAACUGCUUAUUACCCUUUAGCAAUGGAAACGAAGCGACGAUGAUCAGUGACUUAAUCGGAAGAUUUUGCGACACGCAGGAGAUAUCAUCACUCUCCAACAUCUCCGAGAAUUUCCCAAUUCGAUUCCCGUAUCAAUCACAAUUCGUACCCAAUCAGGUUCUGGAAUCGAAACCGACAACACAGGAGAGCGACAAGAGCUCGUUAUUGAAUCCAGAUUCGGUUUCUAAAGCAUCUAAGACCAAACCCAAGUCCAGGAAGAGAAAAUCGAUUCCCACUGGAAAUGGAAAGGAGUCUCCUGCUUCCUCGUCUCUCACAGCUUCCAAUUCCAAGAUUUCUGAAGAGAAAAGUUCAACUGUAGCUGGCAAGAGAAGCAAGCAGAACGAGACAGAGAAGAUUGAGAACAAGGACGAUCCUUACAAGGAUUAUAUUCAUGUAAGAGCAAGAAGAGGUCAAGCAACAGAUAGCCACAGUAUAGCUGAAAGGGCAAGAAGAGAAAAGAUUAGUGAGAGAAUGAAGUUGCUUCAGGAUUUGGUUCCUGGUUGCAACAGGAUUACUGGGAAAGCUGUAAUGCUUGAUGAGAUUAUAAAUUAUGUGCAGUCGUUGCAGAGACAAGUCGAGUUCUUAUCUAUGAAGUUGGCAACAAUACAUCCAAGAACGAAGUUAUAUGCCAAUGCUCUAAUAUCCUCAGAGAUGUUGCAGCUGGGAGAGUCAUUAUCGCAGGCGAUAUCUUGCUCCGAGGAAAGACUUCCUUCAGAGUAUUUUGCACUUGGCAAGAACCUUCCUAGAUUCUUGGAGACUCAAACUCAGUUUCAGAUGAACUCUUUGAGUACUUCAAGUGAUGGAUUUGUUCAAGCUGAGGCGGCGACCUUUUGGGAAAACGAUCUUCAAAGUAUUGUUCAAAUGGGUUUCAGAGAUGAUAGUCAGCAACAAAACAUCAACUGUUAUGAACCAACGGUUACGGUUCAGAUGAAACUUGAGCCAGAGAGAUGA